GCGGUCUGAUCUCUCACUAGGCAGGGCAAGGUGAGCUUUUGUUCUCUUACCGACAGCUUUCACCUCUCAGAAAUUGUUCCGCCGCGCGGAUCUCUACCCGACAUGUCCGGCCUGGAUCCGCUGAUGAUGGGGAUCUCCAUCGGGAACAAGGACAACACUUCUCUGGCUCUGCCUUCCGUGAACCAGCACCGGACGGGACAGGAGCGCGUGCGGGAGCAAGUGCAGUCUGUCAGGAGGACCAAGUUGAGACACCCCAGCACCAUGAGCGGAUCCACUUCUCUGUCUCCAACAAGUCCUUCGCAUGAAUCAAACGGAAACCUCUUUUUUGGCAAUGGCUUCCCAAAAAGUUACAGCAUUGACAGAAGCCUGAGCAGUCCUCAGAAUUCCAACAACAAAAUCACGUCUAUGAGGACGAACACAACAUUUUCUCGCUACAUGAGGAAUUAUUCCGUCACUGGCCCAAAGCCAGCAGGCCAACUUAACUCCAGCCGGAGCGAGCCUUCCUGGAGCUACGGCGCUCCGAGGCCUUCCAUCCCAACGCAGAGGCUGCCAUCCAACACGGGCAUCUACAGGAACCAGCAAUGCUCAAGCAAGUUCAUAAGGAAGAACACCUCACGGCCUCACCCUGUGGAUGUUCCAAAUGGUUCAUAUCCAACAAAAACAAACAACUAUUUGAAAGCGAGUCGAACGGACAUGAGACAGACUCAAUCAAUGACCUUGGUCACCGAUGGUCCAACCAAAACAACAAAGUCAGAAGCAAAUAUGGCCAAAGUCAACAUGAAGGAGGCUGUGGAGUUUCUUUCCAGCAAGGAUGAGAAUUAUCAGCUCUUUGGUGCUUCCUGCAUUCAGCAAAACACUUUCAAUAACGACAGAUCAAAAGAAGAGGUAUUGAAGCUAAAGGGCAUCCCUGCCCUGCUGGCCCUUCUGCCCAGCUCCAAUUCAAUGGUCAAACACGUAGUCUCCGCCACCCUGCGUAACUUGUCCUUCAAGAGCAGCCCCAACAAAGAGGAGAUAUUUCACUGUGGUGGCAUCACGAUGAUCACGGAUCAGCUCAAACAAUCCGGCUCCGUAGACCUCGACAAACAACUCACAGGUCUCCUGUGGAACUUAUCCUCUGAAGAUGACCUGAAGUCGGUAUUGUUAAGGGAGAGUCUGUCCACUCUAAUGGAGCGUGUGAUCGUCCCAAACACAAAGACUCCGGACAUCACCAGCAAUGCAAACAGAGACCCUUAUGUCUUCACUAAUGCUACAGCAUGCCUCCGAAACCUCAGCAGCGGCAACCAAAACAGCAGACAGACCAUGAGGAAAUGUCCAGGUCUGAUCGACUCUUUAGUCAAUUACCUGAAAAGCUGUGAGGAGAAAGAUGUUGAUGAUGAGCCAUUAGAGAACAGUGUGUGCAUCCUGCACAAUCUGACGUUCCAGCUGGAAGCAGAGGUUCCUUCUCUGUUCGAGAGGAUCAAAACGUUGAUUCCUGCCAACAGGAGUCAGAUUCAGAACAGUGGGAGUGCUGUUGGCUGCUUCAAUCCACCAGGCAAAUCCUCAGAGCAUGACCGCCCCUUUGACUAUCCAGUCGUCGAGAAUCCGCAUCCCAGUGGGGUGGGUUGGUUGAUCCACUCCAAACUCCUGCAGAGUUACUUGUCUCUGCUGAAGAGGAGUCAGCGGGAUGAGCUGAAGAAAGCCUGCUGUGGGUCCAUGCACAAUCUCACCGCUUCUAAAGGCAUUGUUUCUGAAGUAAUCGGUCAGAUCAUUGUGAAGAAAUUAUAUGGCAUGCAGGCUAUCGCCCCUCUCCUAAAGUCCAACAAAGAUGACUUGCAGAGGGCCGCCAUGUCGUUGCUAAUUAACCUGCUAAAGAACGAAAAUUUGUACAGUCUCAUCGGUCGUGAAGCUCUCCCAAGGCUGAUUGAUGUUCUCGGACACACUGAAGUGACCGCAGAGUCUGAUGACACAUACGCCAUGGCGUGCCAGUCCACCACCGUCCUGCUUCUGAAUAACCCGGAGUCCAACAAAAAUUACUUAACAAACAACUUGAUCAAACUCCUGAGUAAUCACAGCAACACCUGUCACCCCAAAUCCAGCAAAGCUGCAGCCAUUCUUCUCUACAGAAUCUGGGCAGAUAAAGAUCUGCAAAGCUACGUGAAAAAGAAUGGGAUGAACAAGUCGAUGUUUGUUAACGACACGACGACAGCAGCAUGCAGUUCGCUCACUGAGCAUUGAUUGGCACCACUAAACUGAGCUCUGGAAGCCUUUUUCCUGAAGGUCUGCAGGCCCUCUGGACAUGAACUCAUCCAAUCAGAUCUUUAUUUUUAAACAGAAACUCCCCAUUAUGCAUUCAUGCUGCAUGUAAAUGCUAUAAAAUUGUGUUUUUAUGUAUAAAAAGAAGGUGAAGGUUCCGAUCUGACAAGUGGUAAAAGUCUCAAUGUUAUAGUUUUAACACUGAUGAAUAAACGUAGUUGUUUUCAAUUUAGCUUGCUUUGUACUUAUAAAAUUCCAAUAAUUUUAUUUUGUACUGAAUUAUGUUUUAAUAUCAAGUAGCAACAAAAUAAAAUGGAUUUCUUGUAAAAUUAACCUUCAUAGCUUUUUGUCAGCAUCACUUUUUGGGUAAUUUGUAGUAUUUUCUUGUGUGCAAUCCAUAAAUGAUUUAAAUUGUGUCUGAUUAGUUGCAAUAAAGCUGGCAGAAAUUCGCUGCACCAUUUGCAAA